AUGUAUGGGCUGUAUGACUGCAGUGGCUACGGCGAGUUGGAACACCGCGUAGAGGUUAAGGUUAUAUACAGUCAGUUGCUGUUUAAUGAUACCGUGUGUCUAAGGAAAAUGAAUAAGAAUGCGUCGACGGUUUUUCUUGCCAUUAUUGGAAUAACAAAUGCAUUAUCAGCUGACAAAAGUUCAGUAGCCCCAAAGCGUGAGCCCGAUUCAGUAUUCUGUCACCCAUUAAUUAUAGGACACCGCGGUGCCAGUGGAUAUGUACCGGAGCACACCCUUGCAUCGUACGCUCUCGCGGUGUUCAUGGGUGCCGAUUACAUAGAACCUGACCUAGUCAUGACUAGGGACCACCAAUUGGUAGCUCGUCAUGAUAACGAAUUAGGUUUAACUACAGACGUCGCCAAGCGUCCCGAAUUCUCUUGCCGUCGUACCAAUAAAACCGUCGAUGGAAUAGAACUAACUGGUUGGUUCUCUGAAGAUUUCACUCUUGCAGAAUUGAAAACUUUACGCGUCAUCGAACGCAUUCCUGACAUCAGACCUGGAAAUGCUCGUCUAGAUGGUGCUUUACUAAUUCCCACCUUACAAGAAAUAAUUGACUUAGUCAAAGCAUUAGAAAUCAGUCAAAAAAGGGUUAUCGGACUCUAUCCGGAAAUCAAGCACAGCACUUAUUACCGCUCGCUUGGAUUAUCGAUGGAACAAAAACUUGUAGAUAUUUUACACCGAAAUAGUUAUAAAGAACGUAAUGAUCCAGUGUAUAUACAAUCUUUUGAAGUGAAUAAUUUAAAAGAAUUGAAAACUCUUACAGACCUUCGACUUUUGCAGUUAUUCGAGUCUGAUAAGUCACUUCAGCCAUUCGAUCAACUUCAACUUGGCACUAAUCUUACUUAUGGUCAAAUGGCUACACCAGAGGGUCUUCGUGAAGUAGCUACAUAUGCAUAUGCAGUUGGUCCAGAUAAGUCUUAUAUCAUACCUCGGGAUGAAAACAAUAACCUAGGGGAUGCAACAACUUUUGUGAGUGACGCUCACGCUGCUGGCUUAAAAGUACACCCAUAUACUUUCCGUGCUGAAAACAACUUCUUACCCAGUGAGUAUCAAACUAAAGAUAAAGUACCAACUGAAAUUGGUAACUUGGCAGCUGAAAUACAAGCAUACUUUGAUGCAGGAAUAGAUGGGUUAUUUUGUGAUCAACCUGAUAAACCAGCUCGUAUUCGAAACUGUUCCAGAUAG